GUCGUUUAUGUUCUGUCGUUGGCCUGGUAUGUAGCAAUUGGCUGCGAAUCUUUUUCGCCUAUAUUCUCUCGCAUCCUCAUUUCUUUUCUUUUCAACGUUUUCAUACUUCGCACUUUGCACCAACCUCGCUCUCUCAUUCUCUUCAUCGGGUUUUCCGUUGCCUCCGAGCUCAUUUCGUUCUCGAAGAAUCGAUCUACGAUAAUGACUCGCGGUAACCAGAGGGAUCGCGACCGUGAAAGGGCUCAGGCUAGAACCGGCGGUGGUAAAGGCAAGCAGGGAAAGGCUGAUGGGUUGACCCCUGAACAGCGCAGGGAAAGAGAUGCAAAGGCAUUGCAGGAGAAGGCAGCAAAGAAAGCGGCACAGGAUGCAGCAGGGAAUAAUGCAGGUGGAAGCAAAAAAUAGGCAAUGAUUCAAUGAGUGGUUUGAGUUUGAGGUGUUGGUUAGACACAUGAAAUUUGUGGAAAUCCUUGUAGUGCAUUAUUCGUUGAGUUUGAUGUGUUUGUUAAUGUCGUUUGAGACAGAUGAACAAAUAAUUGGUGCUUCUUUGGAAGGUGUUGAUGCUAGGUGGUGAAUUAAUAACUUGUAUCCUUGUUUCGAAUAGUAGUAUUUGGCAAUGCUAUUGUAUUCUUUCCCUUCCUAUUGUCUGAAUUGCUAGCUAUAGCUACUUUUGUGAUUACUCAAUUGUGUGCCAAACACAGUUCUUCAGCAAUGUUUAAUUUGUAAAUGUGAAGCUGUUCACAUGAAAA